GAGUGAGUGCAUAGCAAUUUGUGUAUCCAAAUUCCAAAUACAAAUCAUGAGUCAUAGAAACACACGUGUUAUUGAAUGUCUUGUGUGCCGUCAACAAAGAAGAAGGCAUAAUCAAGAGUGUGAAAUGGGGCAGUACUUUCCAAUCGAUAGACAUGAAGAUUUUGAUCGUGCUUGUUAUAUUUUCGGAUUAAACAAUAUUAUAAGGCUUAUGCAAUCGGUUGAAAAACACCAACGCCAUGCUGCUGGAAAUUCAAUUCUCUUGGAAGGUAGAGCUUGGAGAUUAUACCCAAGUAGUGGUUUACUUGGAUAUCAAUUGGAAUUAGGUUCACAAGUAUCUUCCUCUUUGAUUGAACUACAAAAUGCAAAUAGACUUUUGGAACUUUGUAGGAAUCAUGCAAAUCAAGACCAUGAUGAAAGCAACAAUCCCCUUUUGUCUCUUUCACUUGCUACUCCCUCUUCAAACCCUCAUUUGAGUAACCAACUUGGGAGUUCUGCCUCACAAAUGUCAAGCUUGGCUAUAACGCCUAUUGAGCACAUGGGUGGCGUGGAGACUAUGGAAGCUUACAAGAUAAACCAAAUUAUGAGUACUCGCGAAAGAGGAGAAUCAAGCAACACUGCAUCAAACAGAAAUACAACUCUUCAAGAGCUACAGGCUGAUGACAAAGGAAAACAAAUUGUUGUUGAAGAAAAUGAGUCUGAAGCCACAAAUGAGGAGGAAGAUUCUACUCCAAUGGAGAUUAAUGCAGAACCUGGAGAGUAGAAUAUGAUAUUUAUAAUUGUUCUGUUUGAUGUUAUGUCUUAGAUGUGUAUUUGCUUGGUCUUAUGAUUAUGUAUCCUGCUCCUUUUGGACAGCUUCUCUGUUUUCUGUUUUUGUAAUCUCUCUGUACAUUUUCAUUAUCCUUACAUUCCUUAUGCAAGGUGAUGUUUGCUUUCGUUA